AGGAAAUAAAGGCAUACCAGAACUAGUCACUAUCCGACGGACAAUUUUAACACAGUUUAUUUGGUUUUCCCUGAUAUAGAUUCGGCAGAGAUGUAAAGCUUUAAGGAUAAUUGCCAAACUUUUGUGUAAUUGUCAGUAAUAAACGUUCUGUGUAUAUUAUUGUAAAUACAUUUAUACAGUAGAGAACUGAAGUGAGCAUUGCGCGAAGGUUUUUAAUAUAAGUUCUUUAAAAUAAUUUAAAGAUAAUAAAGUGCGAUUCCAAUAUAUUUAAGCAAAGGAGUUUGUCAUGUCAUGGGAGAGCAUUAAUUCUAAGGAUCUGCUAAGCAUCCCAGCUAGCCAAAAUCUGUCUGCAACGCAUUUACUUACAUCACCCGAUGGAUCACGUUAUCUAUUGGGAAAUUCAAACGACUUGCGUCAGCUGGAUGAGAGCUUUUCCCGAUUGGCCGGCUACGGGUCCAGUCCAGAGGUAGGCUCCCGUUCAUUGUGGGCUAGUCAGGGACGUUUACCCUCAGGAUCUGUGAUCAGUUGCUUUUUGUCCUGUCAACAAAGUCUGAAGCAGUACAUAGCUAAACGAAAGAUCGAGCGGGGAAGACGCCUCUAUGAGCAAAACAACCAAACGGAGGCCGUACGCACAUGGCGUAGUGCCCUGAAAUGCACCUGCCAACGCGAGGACUGCUUUCAGCUCCUGGGCUACUUGUACCAGGCCCACAUGGACUGGGGAAAGUUUCGCGAGGCUAUAGAGUUUGGCCAUCAGCAGCUGGGAAUCUCAGAAGAGUUGGAUUCCCCGAACAUGCGAGCUGAGACGUACCUAAAUCUCAGUAGGGCACACGCUUGCUUGGGAGGACUAGAGCGAUCCCUGAGCUAUGCGAGGCACUCACUUUACAAUGAGUGUGGCACUAAGUGCAGGAGUGGUCUUGUCCAUUUAACGGUGGCCCAAGUGUACCUGGAAAUGGGUGGAUUUUCUAGAGCACUAGAAGGAUUACAAGGAGCCUACAAGAUUGCAACAGCUAUUGGAGAUCCAUCUUUGGAGCUACAAGUGUAUGUAGCACUGUCUGAGCUCUUUGGUCGCCUUCAGGAUCACGAUAAAAGCGCAACAUAUGCUUCUAAAGCAUACGAUCUAUCUCGUUCCCUGCAACUUGGUGACCUGAACUCAUGCCACCAUAGAGCCGCAUUAUUGCGCAUGGCGGUGUCUCUACGAAAGCAGGGUGAACUUGGAGAUGCACAAGACUAUUGCAAGGAAGCUACAAAACUUUCGCUUAUUUCUGGAGAUCAGGCUACUUACACACGAAGUAUUCGCGUCCUAGGUGACAUUUACCGAAAAAAAAUGGAUAUUGAUCGGGCUUUCCGGCAAUACGAGCAAGCAAUGGGCACGUCAGCAAGUUUGGGUGAUCGGAUGGCUCAAAUGGAGGCUAUGGACGGAGCAGCCCGUUGCCUAGAAACACUGCGUCUUCAAAACAAAAUUUGCAAUUGUAGACCCCUGGAAUUCAACACCAGACUUCUGGAAGUUGCCAGCUCUAUUGGUGCGAAGUUUUUGGUUCGCAAAAUUCGUUGUCGAUUGGCACUUAUAUACCGCGCAUUGGGUGACGAGGAUCAGUAUAACACACAUUUUCGAUUGGCCAAUCAAACGGAUGCAGCUCUUGGCCUAAACUGCGGUGUUUGUGGCGAGUUGUUUGGACUUCGGCCGGAAAAUUUGGAAGCUCUGCCAUGUGCACAUAUUCUUCAUGCAAGAUGUGCUUACGAAAUAUUACGACGUCGAGACAAAAACACACCGCGAUCGUGUCCCGCUUGCAAUAAGCUGAUGAACUCUCGGACACAUCUUUGUGACAGUAUACCUUUUGAGAGCGAAAGUACUGACGGGGGCAGUGCCGUCACGGUUACCCUCAAUGCGAAUGCUUUAUCGGUCGACGGUCUCCUUGGAAUAAACUCUGACGUUCUCCUACCAUCGAAUGUGUUUUGUCACGGUGGCAAACCAGGGAAUCAGGGAACCGAGAGUACCACUUUGUUGUCCCCCAAAGGCAUUUAUCAUAGUAACCUAUCUUUGGCUUCACUUAGCUUGCGUGCAUCUAGCUUGACAAUCGACAGUGCUCAAAAUGCGACAUCUUCUGUUUAAAGUUAAAAAGACAAUUUUCCCCUCUAAAACUUGGGAUUGAUUCAAAGCUAAAGUUCAAUAUCAGGAUGGUGAUUUUAGAGCUCAUUAUUAUAGAUAGACACUGUUAUCGUAUUAUAGAAUAUGGCAUUUGAAAUGCACAAAAAGUUAACAAUUAUUUUAGUUACUAUAAUCUAAGAUUAUUGUGAGCCAGGGUGGUAGGAUCUAUUUUAAAUAUGUCUUACGCUUAAAUACCUACAUAUUUCUUUACUGAAGUACCUUGCUCAAGCUAAUGUUCGUUGACGUCUUGUGUGUUGUUGAAGUUAAAAUAUCAAUUAGUCUUGUUCUUAAUAUAAUAUAUUAUAUUAUAUAUUAUGUAUAUAUAUAAUACACCAAUAUACCAACUAUGUAUAAAUUUAAAGAAAUCGUUACCACGUGUUAUUAACACAUUAUUUUAAAGCUGAACGUUCUAAAAAUAAAUAAAUAAUUAAAACUUUAUUUUGAACGAUUUUUAAAAUGAAUUAUUAAAAUUAAAUUAAAAAGGGGCAUAAAAUAUUUGGGCACCUGAAGUUAAGGUAAGGUAAUGGUACUGGCCAACCCAAAAAACUUUUAGUAACAAAUCUCG